GGCCCGCAGUUCAAGAGCAGGCUCGGAGCGGCGAGCCGGGGCGCACCUCGGCGCAACCUGCGGGCUCCGGGGGAGCCUCUCCCCGCCGCGCCGGCUGGCGGGAGCGGACGGAGGCCGGCGCUGCCCGUUAGCAGCCGCGGCGGCAGGAGCCUCCUAAUUACUCACCACGCUAAUUGCCCGGCACUGAACUUCAGGAGCCGGUCCGAAGAGGAGCUCCGGGUCGCAGAGGGGGCGGGAGGUGUCUGGGACCGAGCCCCGCCUGGGUUAAGUGCUCGCCCGGCCCCGGCUGGCGGCCAGCUCGCCUUCCGCGGGAGGCCGGAGUCACCGCCGGGGGAACCGGGAGGUGCGCCCGGACCACACCGGACCCCCUCCCCCCAUCGCCGCCUCUAGGAGGCGCAGAAAGUGGGGGCGCCAGCCUGGCGCGGGGGGCGGGCGCGGAGAGCCAGAGGGGCUGCGGGGACACCGAGAUGGCCGAUGAGAUCGACUGGCUGGACCUGCCAGGCCGAUGGACCUACGGAGUGGACCGCGGCGGGAGAAUCUUCUUCAUCAAUGAUGAGGAGAAGUCAACCAGCUGGCUGCACCCUGGCACAGACUCACCCAUCCAGAGUGGACACUCCACCGGCCCAGAUUUGCCUAAGGGUUGGGAGAUGGAUUCUACCCCGGAAGGAGCUGCAUACUUCAUCAACCACAAUGAAAGACGCAACACAUUUCGACACCCAGUGACUGGCCAGAUCCCAGAGGAGAACAAAAAGUUUGACUUGAAAGCAUCGGCUUUGGACAUGUCCAACAAAACAGGUGGGAAACGUUCUGCUACCAUCAACAGUGACAUAUCCAACCACACCAUGGUGUCUGAGGUCCCUCCAGAGCGGCCCAACAUCCGGGCAACUCGAACUUCCCGAAAAGCCAUUGCCUUUGGUAAACGCGCACACUCCAUGAAGCGGAACCCCAAUGCACCUGUCACCAAGGCGGGCUGGCUCUUCAAGCAGGCCAGCUCCGGGGUGAAGCAGUGGAAUAAGCGUUGGUUUGUCCUGGUGGAUCGCUGCCUCUUUUACUACAAAGAUGAGAAGCAGGAGAGCAUCCUGGGCAGCAUCCCCCUGUUGAGCUUCCGGGUGGCAGCUGUGCAGCCCUCAGACAACAUCAGCCGGAAGCACACGUUUAAGGCGGAGCACGCUGGAGUCCGCACCUACUUCUUCAGUGCUGAGAGCCCCGAGGAGCAGGAGGCCUGGAUCCAGGCCAUGGGCGAGGCUGCUCGGGUGCAGAUCCCUCCAGCCCAGAAGUCAGUGCCUCAGCCUGUGCGGCACAGCCUCGAGAAGCCAGACUCAGAGAACAUCCCACCCAGCAAACACCAUCAGCAGCCACCUCUCAACAACCUCACCAAGCCAGAGCCUGAGGCCAAGACUCGAGGAGAGGGGGACGGCAGAGGCUGCGAGAAGGCCGAGCGCAGGCCCGAGAGGCCCGAAGUCAAGAAAGAGCCUUUGGUAAAAGUCAAUGGCCUCCCAUCUGGACCUGAGACAGCCUCAGAGCCUGGCAGCCCUUAUCCUGAUGGCCCGAGGGUCCCAGGCGGUGGGGAACAACCUCCUCAGCCCAAUGGCUGGCCUUUUGGCUCCCCAAGCCGACCGGGGAGCACGGCUUUCCCGCCUCACGAUGGGGACACUGGGGGACAUCGACGGAGCUUUCCGCCACGAACUGACCCGGACAAAAUCGCCCAGCGCAAAAGCUCAAUGAACCAGCUUCAGCAGUGGGUGAACCUGCGCCGAGGGGUGCCCCCACCAGAAGACCUUCGGAGUCCUUCAAGGUUCUACCCUAUGCCCCGCCGGGUCCCUGAGUAUUACAGCCCCUACUCCUCUCAGUACCCUGACGAUUACCAGUACUACCCACCGGGGGUGCGGCCAGACAGCAUCUGCUCCAUGCCAGCCUACGAUAGGAUUAGUCCGCCCUGGGCCCUGGAGGACAAGCGGCACUCCUUCCGGAACGGGGGUGGCCCCGCUUACCAGCUUCAUGAAUGGAAAGAGUCCACGAGCUAUGGGCGGCAGGAUGGCACCGUUUGGAUCCCCAGCCCCUCCCGACAGCCAGUCUACUAUGAUGAGUUGGACGCUGCCUCUGGCUCCCUGCGCCGCCUGUCCUUGCAGCCCCGUUCCCACUCUGUGCCCCGCUCACCCAGCCAGGGCUCCUACAGCCGCGCCCGCAUCUACUCCCCGGUGCGCUCACCUAGCGCACGUUUUGAUCGGCUGCCACCCCGCAGUGAGGACAUCUAUGCAGACCCUGCCGCCUACGUCAUGAGGCGAUCCAUCAGCUCCCCAAAGUAUGAUUACCUGGGAGACAGGCGGCCAGUCCCUGCAGGACUGUUCCCCUACAACUACCCACCAUCUCCCACGGUCCACGAUAAGAUGGAUGAACUUUUAGAUCUUCAGUUGCAAAGAAACCUAGAGUAUUUGGACCAGCAGAUGAGCGAGAGUGAGACUCUCAUCAGCAUGGUGAACCGAAUGGUGGAGAGCUCCUCCCCCAGGGCCCACCUCUUCAUGCAAGUCCCUGCAUACCCAGAGGUGUUCCGGGAUGGCCUCCACACCUUCAAGCUAAACGAGCAAGACACGGAUAAACUGCUGGGCAAGCUGUGUGAGCAGAACAAGGUGGUGAGGGAGCAGGAGCGGUUGGUGCAGCAGCUGCGGGCGGAGAAGGAGAGUCUAGAAAGUGCCUUGAUGGGAACCCACCAGGAACUGGAGAUGUUUGGAAGCCAGCCCGCCUACCCAGAGAAGCUGCUGCACAAAAAGGAGUCUUUGCAGAACCAGCUCAUCAACAUCCGGGUGGAGCUGUCACAGGCGACCACGGCACUGACCAACAGUACAGUGGUGUAUGAGAACCUCGAGUCUGAGGUCUCUGCCCUGCAUGACGAACUCUGGGAACAGCUCAACUUGGAUAUCCAGAACGAGGUGCUCAGUCGGCAAAUCCAGAAGGAGAUCUGGAGGAUCCAGGAUGUGAUGGAAGGGCUGAGGAAGAAUAACCCCUCGAGGGGCACCGACACAGCCAAGCACAGAGGAGGACUUGGACCCUCAGCCACCUACAGCUCCAACAGCCCAGCCAGCCCUCUCAGCUCUGCCAGCCUUACCAGUCCCCUGAGCCCCUUUUCAAUGGUGUCUGGCUCUCAGGGCUCCCCCACUAAGCCAGGGUCCAGUGAGGAACCUGGCCCACCUCGGCCACCCCUCCCCAAAGCCUACGUCCCCCUGGAGUCUCCUCCCACCGUCCCUCCACUCCCCAAUGAGAGCCGCUUCUGGCCAUACCCCAACUCCCCUUCCUGGCAUCGCAGUGGCGAGACAGCCAAGGGUCAGCCCAAAUCAGGCUAUGAAUCAGGCAAGAAAGACCCCAGCCAGACAUCACCCCUGGAUACCCCCAGAGACAUCAGCCUGGUACCCACCAGACAAGAGGUGGAGGCAGAGAAACAGGCUUCUCUCGACAAAGUUGGCAUUGUGCCCCCUCGGACAAAAUCUCCCGCUGAGGAGGAGCUGACCCCAGCAGUGGUGAGGAGGAUCACAAACGGACUCACCAAUGGCCUUUCCUCACGGCAAGAGCGCCCCAAGAGUGCUGUGUUCUCCGGAGAAGGCAAGGCGAAGAUGAGUGUGGAGGAGCAGAUGGACCGGAUGAGGCGGCAUCAGAGCGGCUCCAUGAAGGAAAAGCGGCGGAGCCUGCAGCUCCCAGCCAGCCCAGCCCCUGAGCCCAGCACCCGGCCUGCCUACAAAGUGGUGCGCCGUCACCGCAGCAUCCACGAAGUAGACAUCUCCAACCUGGAGGCAGCCCUGAGGGCCGAGGAACCUGGUGGUCAGGCCUACGAGACACCUCAGGAGGAGAUCGCGAGGCUUCGCAAAAUGGAGAUGGAGCCGCAGCACUACGAUGUGGACAUCAGUAAGGAGCUCUCCACUCCAGACAAAGUCCUCAUCCCCGAACGGUACAUUGACGUGGAACCUGACACUCCCUUGAGCCCGGAGGAGUUGAAGGAGAAGCAGAAGAAGGUGGAGAGGAUCAAGACACUCAUUGCCAAAUCCAGUAUGCAGAACGUGGUGCCCAUCGGCGAGGGGGACUCUGUGGACGUGCCCCAGGACUCAGAGAGCCAGCUGCAGGAGCAGGAGAAGCGGAUUGAAAUCUCCUGUGCCCUGGCGACCGAGGCCUCCCGCAGGGGCCGCAUGCUGUCUGUGCAAUGUGCCACCCCAAGCCCUCCCACCUCCCCUGCUUCCCCGACUCCACCAGUCAACCCCCUAUCGUCUGACCGCCCCCGGGGCGCCGACAGCAGCCAUACCAUGCGGGUCUGAGCUCUGACUGCAAGCCCUGGCUGAGGCCAACGCUGUGAAGCUCCACAGAGCCACCUUCUGAUAGCAUCCACUGCACACCCGAGGCUCUGGCUUCUCACCCUGGCCUCCUGCCUGUGCACCCAACCAUGGGAACGCUCACCUCAGAGAGCCAGGCUGGGGACAGGGGCUGCUUCAUAAAGGAACAUGGAUAUCUUCAAGUUCACCUCUGCUGCCCUUGCCCUGAAGCCUGCACUGUCACCUCAUGGCUCUAAGGCAAGACCCGGGAUGGCAAGGCCAGCAUGGUGUGCGUCCUCUCUGAUGCCCCAGUCACGGGGAGCUCAAGUGCAGGUCUGGAUGGCAUUGUGUGGCCCUCCCGCCCCAUCCUCCCCCGAUGGAGUCUGUGUGCUGGUGGGGAGCAUGCGCUCAGCUGUGGGUGCGGGGUAGAAGUGAAGACAAGACAGACUCCAUCCCUCGGAACCCAUACAACACAUCGAGAGGCCAACUCUUGCCGCCACCCUCCUCCUGUUCAGUCCCGGCUGCCUCAGUGAUGCUCAAGGCUUUCGCACGGCUCUGCUGAUGGGUUUCCCAGAGUUCCCUGGAGGCCAGCCACCCUGCUUGAGCCAAAGAAGACGAUGAGUUAUAGGGAGAGGCUCCUGGGCUCCCGGAGGGAUCAGGCGUGUUAGGGAGAGAUGACAGCAGGUCUGCACAGUGUCUGAGGGCAAGUUGGAAGCAGGAGCAAGACGGAAGAGGAGAGAGGCUUAGAGAGUGAAGGAAGAGAGGGCCAGAUGCUUUUCACAAGCAACAGGGAUGUAAAGAAGAAGGGAAAUGAGACGGGAGAGUAGGAAUGGCUUCCCAAGUGUGAAGCCUUAGGUUAGUGCCAAGCAGAGGGCCUGUCACCUCUGUACCUUCAUGACUUCCUCAGGGGCAGGAGGCCCCUGGGGGACUCUCUCCAGGCACACGUCAGCCCCAGCUGAGGUGCUUGGUAGCAAGGUAUGAGGUCAGGGGAUGUGAGAGAGAUGUAGCCUGUGAGGUGGUCCUAUCUGUGUCAGAGCCUGCUGUCUUUCUCCCAGGGUCGUAGGCAGAGAGAAGACGGUCUUAUAUAAGGUCCGUCAGCCUUGGGGCCUUACCUAGCCAGUUAAGCCUGGAAAGUACUGUGGGCUGGCUGAGGCUUGCUCUGGGAGGGGGAAUGAGGAUUUAACUGUGAGGCCAGGUCCUUCCUUCUCACCUCAGGCAUCUAGAGCAGGACCAGAGAGGCUUUCUUCCACCUCACCUGCCCAGGGAGAGACAGUAGCAGAGCACAGUCUUCCUCUAACCCACCUACCGUGUGUGAAUGUAGCCAAGGAAGGCAAGCUUCAGACGCCAAGGCCUCAGGCCUGCUCUGCCACACUUUCUGCCCAGAGACUUCAGCCUGAACAUCAGUGGCCCCAGGAAACAACUGCAUCAUCUCCCAUCAAUCCAUCACCACUCCGUCAUGGUCGGGACAGUUACUGGUUCAUAUGCAAGUAAAGAUGACAGUUCAUUCAACAAAUACUAGUCAACCACUCUUUGUGUAUCAGGUACUGUUCUAGGUGCUGAGGAUAUUGUCUUGCUUCUGAGGGACGCUGGAUCAGGGGGAUUCCACCUGUCUUCGCCUCUGUCUGGCUUCUGGAAAGUGCUCCUUUAUGACAUCUCUUAUCUGCAUAGUUCAAGCACCCCAAAUCUGCCCUUUCCUCCUUAAAGACUGGUAGGCGGGAUCAGCUCCGAGGUUACCCUCUCUCCCCAUAUCCUCUUCCAAAAGAAACAAAAUUUUAGGGCUUUCCCAGUCUUUGUCUCUCCUUUUAAAAAAAAAAAAGUGGUAUUUUUAGAAAUACACGUGAAAUACCAAGAAAUGUCUUUGCCUCUCUACCACUCACACCCGCAUUUCAUGAAGCUGGUUCUUUAUGUUGCUUUACAUGCCUUAAUAUAUGUUUUAUGGAAGUGAUCAUGUCAUAGAUACCCAUGUAAUAUAUAUAUAUAUAUAUUGUCUGGAUGUCAACCCCUUCCUCAGCUCCUGCCCUGACCCGUUUUCUGUCCACGUCAUUUUUAGCAUGUUGAAGCCACACCCCUUGCCUUUUUUGAUCCAAAGAAGGGGAGAGGAAAGAUUUAUUUUAAGGCAGACCUAUCCUAUGCUUUUGUUUAAAAAGCAAAUCUAUUUUCAAAAUGUGCAAUGUCUGAAAGGGAUUGGUGAUGUGUGAGGGGACCGGGGCGACUGUCCCUGGUCCCAGUCUAUGCCCCUCCCUCUGCCCUAGUGGCCUCCCUGCCAUUACCCAGUCAUUGUAAAGGGCUGGUCCCCAGGUUUGCCUGGGCUGCAUCCUGCAGGAGAAGGACAUUCCCUCGAAAGUCCUGGUCUAAGAAUUCGACUUCACUGUCAACAUUAGAAAGCAGCCCAAGGGAUGUCAAGCCUCGAGGGAAGCAUGUCAAGUUGUCAUGUUUACAACUGCAGGCGUUCAGUCCUCACACAGACCCCUGGACCACCUCCCAUCAGCCCUCUGUGAGGAAAGGCCAACAGGUUGCUGGCAGCCAUCUUGAAGGAUGUCAGUCUGCUCCCUGACAGAAGCAAGCCACACAGUGAGGCCCAGAGAGAGUGGCUUGGGGCCCCCUGUGUUCUCUGGUGAAUACUAUGAGCUUCCUAGGCCUCUCACACUUCCUCCCGAGCCUACCCUGUGUCACACCCAUUUCCCUCUAAGACUUUUUUUUUUCCCCUCAGAGUUAAUAUGGCACUUGGGUCUGGUAUCCAGACUUGAAGCCUGGUUCCUGGCUGGGGAGGGCCCCACAGUCAAUGUCAAAGCUUAAGUCUUUCCCAGGAAGGAGCCUUCAGUGCUCUGACAGGCUGUGGGCUGGAGUUCUGCUGUGGCAAUUCAGCUUGUCAAACUUGCUUCCUGACAGGUGAUGGGGAAGGUGGCAAGGAGGUGGGGAAGGAUGAAGGCCCCUCUCCCCGGAAGGGGUGUGUUUGGGAAUUUUACAGCACCUCUGGCCAGCUUUUGAAGUCUGACCUCCAACCCUGGCAUUCGCUGGCCCUCUUCCCAGACUGGAAGCUCUUGCUGUGAGUGAACAGAGCCCAGACAUAGGCCCAGGGCUAUGCAUCCCUUCUGGGGAAAGUCCUGACCACCCACACAGGGCCUUCCCAAGGAACACAUUACCUCCUCCACCAAGAGCCAAAAGGCUGCGAUCAGAUACUGCUACCGUCACUUUAAAGAUUUUUUCCGAGGAAGCAAGCUUGCGAGCAGCAAGUGUGCUCUCCUGCCUUUGCGAAAGGCAUGCACUGGGGGCAAGGCUACUACUGCAAGAUGGAAUCCCUUCCUUCCCCAUAAGGCACCCUCCUCCUGGCAGCUCUUUAAACUAAGGAAAAAUACUAUAUAUAAAUAUAUAUACAUAUAUAUAUACAUAUCUAUUUAUGCACAUAUUUGGGGCCAAUUUGGUUUGCUAGUGUUAGACAAUAAACCAUACAAGGAAACCUAGGAUCUCAGUGUCUUUAUUUAGUAUGGAAGUGACCUUAGACAAAGAGUUAAGGUUAGAUGAACAGCAUCUCUGUGGGGACCACACCGUGGUAGCAUCCCCUGAGCAUCUGUCUAGCCGACCACCCUCCCCUGGAGAAGGGGCGCCUGGCUGAAGGCGGUGAGAACUGGCUCCCUCCCUUCAGCGUCAAUCUUACUAGAUUAGGUACUGAAGAACCCCAGUGAGCUCUACAUUUGUAUCUUGCAAGUUUGUAUGAACCGAUACCGGAAAUAAAAUAAGUGGUUUUUA